AUCUAACCUAUUACUCAGGCAAAAAAGAAAAAAAAAAAUCGAUCCUCCUCUUCGUUUUCCCUCUCUUUCCCCGUCUUUGGAGGGAAAGCAAAUUUCCAAAGAAACCAAAACACCCAAAACUAAGCUCCUUCCUUCUAAUUCUAACAAAAUUUAGGGUUCUACUUACUCAUUUUUGCACCUCUCUUUGUCUCCAUUUUUGUUAUUUUAUCUUAUCUGUCUACAGUAAACAGCCAGAACGUAGUAUGACAGAUUGACAGAAGUUCAAUUUAUUUCUAAAAAUUUUAGUGUAUUCUAAAUGCUUUGAAAUCUGAAUCAUAACGCUGGACAUUUAAAUUAUUUAUUUCAAGUACGCUGGGUAGUGAUAGUAUCCUGAAGAUUGGGGUGAACUCUUGGUCCAAUGCAAACAAAGAAAAGAAUUUCUGGAAGAAAUGCUUCCCGAGAUCAUACCAGUCCCAAGGCUUCAAGAGCUGAGAAGAAGAUAUCUGAAAAGGUACAAGGUCCAGAGAAGAAAGUAACAGAGCUAAUUACAUCUUCUGUUAGGAAGCAAAAACCUGCCAGAGCAUUCCCAAAGAAAAAUGAAGUGCCUGAUGGAGCUACAAAUUUAAAUGCUAGAUAUGGGUUGUCGCAUGAUGAUGCUUCUGAUGCUUGUCUGGGGUUUGAUGUGGUUAAUGGUGCUCAUGUAGAUCAGAAGGGCACUGAUCACCAUAUGUCAGGUACCAUAUUUUCCCCUGGCUUUCACAUAUCUAAGAUUUGCGGAUCAGAGAUUGCAGGUGCAGACUCAAAAAUCCAUCAAGAUCGGGGAAUGGAGGAUUCACAGGUUGAUUUGCUGGGUGCUAAUAUCACUGGAGAAACUCUUAAGUCUACUUCUGAAGCAGAGAUGCUUGUUGUGGACACGGAUCCUGUGAUUUGUACUGCAGAUUCUGGAGCUGUCCUUUCAUCUGAAGUUUCAGCCAUAUACCUGGCUAUGAAAAACUCAAAAUUGGAAUGUAUUGAUGAGUAUGGUCAAGAUUCUAUGUCAACUGAUGUUUGUGUGGAGGAUGAAUACUAUGAGGAGUUUGAUGACUUUGAUCCUUACUUGUUUAUGAAGAACUUACCGGAGCUGUCAUCUGUUAUUCCUGCUUUCCGGCCUGUGCUGCUACCCAAGCAGACCAGAAGUUGCCCUCCUACCACUCUUGUCUUGGACUUGGAUGAAACUUUGGUUCAUUCCUCACUGGAACCUUGCGAUGAUGCAGACUUCACAUUCCCUGUGAAUUUUAAUCUCCAGGAACACACAGUUUAUGUUAGAUGUCGUCCUCACCUGAGAGAUUUUAUGGAAAGAGUUUCUGGUCUUUUUGAGAUUGUUAUAUUUACAGCAAGUCAAAGUAUUUAUGCAGAGCAACUUCUAAAUGUGCUCGAUCCAAAGAGGAGAGUAUUUCGUCAUCGUGUUUUCCGAGAAUCAUGUGUUUUUGUGGAUGGCAAUUACCUUAAAGAUUUGUCAGUCCUUGGCCGUGAUCUGGCACGUGUAAUCAUUAUUGACAACUCUCCACAGGCAUUUGGGUUCCAAGUGGACAAUGGAAUACCAAUUGAGAGCUGGUUUGAUGACCGUUCAGAUCAAGAACUGCUUCUACUUCUUCCCUUUUUGGAGAGCUUGGUCGGAGUUGAAGAUGUGAGGCCAGCUAUUGCAAAGAAAUUCAAUCUUAGGGAGAAAAUAGCUGCAGCUGUUUAUCCAACUUCAAAUUUGAACAGGGUAGACCCAUUUGAAAGACUGUUAUGACCGUUUUGUUGAGGCCUGAGCCUAACACUGGCAAGGGGGGCCUUGGAAAAUUGAUCGAGACUUGAGAUGGGAAGCGUGGGAUUCAAAAUAGAAAGGAGAGAAAUAAGUGAAGUGUAGUUGGUGUGUUGGACAGUGAAAAGAUUUAACAUAGGUGACCGUGUGCAGAACUGCUUUAUAGCUAACUUUCAUCCAGAUUGAAUGAUGUUAUCCCAGAAAAUAUAUAUUAUAGUUAUGUGGAUUAAAAAGUGGUUAAAAGUAUCAGAUAAAAAGCAGCUGCUAAGUUCAAUUGGACAUGGAUAUUGUAUUUUUCUACAAUUUGGCAAUUUCUUAAUUUUAAUAUUGCUUAAUUAUGGAUU